AAAACGUGCUAUUGAGUAUGCUCUUCAAAUGUUUUAUUGCUUCUGUAAUCGUCUUGAGUGAGCUCAUAUCAGUCGCUGUAUUUCCUGGCGUGUGACUCAUUGAAGUUCAUUCGGUCUGUUUCCUGACGACGUCACUGCUUUGCUCUUUAAUUUGACUAACUUCCAGCCUCAGUUUCAUUUCAGUGUUGACAGCGGCGCGUGGCGGGCUAACGUUAGAUGCUUUUUCUCUGUAGAUGACUUGUUGUAACAAACGGAAAACCGCGGUGGAGAGCGAGUUUAACUCUUAGACUUUGUGACCACGGAUGAACCAUGGCUACAAUAACGUGUCGAGUGCAAUACCUGGAGGACUCGGACCCGUUCGUGUGCUCAAAUUUUCCCGAGCCCCGCAGACCUCUCCAGUAUGACUUGAACGAGCAUUUGCUAUUGAACGAACAGAUCGCCGGGAUUCACAAGCUGCUCGAAGCGCCUUUGAAGUUAGAGGAGUGUGCACUGCAACUGGCUUCUAAUGGCAACUACCUGGAUCUGGAUUCAUCCCUUGCUGAACAGAGAGAUGAUCUGGAGAAGCUCUAUGACGACGUGGAAAAAGGCAAAAAGCCCAUCUUGAUUCUCCGUACGCUGCUGUCAGUACGGGUUCAUUCCAUCCUAGAGAAGUUGUAUAAUUCCCAUGGUCCUGAGCUUCGCCGGUCCUUGUUUUCUUUAAAGCAACUCUUUCAAGAUGAUAAGGACUUGGUUCCAGAAUUUGUCAUCUCUGAGGGUCUGACGUGUUUCAUUAAAGUGGGUGCUGAGGCAGAUCAUAACUACCAGAACUACAUCCUCAGAGCUCUCAGUCAGAUCAUGCUGUUUGUGGACGGAAUGAACGGUGUUGUGAACCACAACGAGACUGUACAGUGGCUGUACACACUGACUGGCAGCCUGUCUCGGCUGGUUGUGAAGACAGCUCUGAAGUUGCUGAUAGUGUUUGUGGAAUACACUGAGUCCAACAGUCAACUGCUUAUUCAAGCUGUCACCAUUGUGGAUGGAAAGAGAGGAGUAAAGCCUUGGACGUAUCUAACAGAUAUCCUGUCAGAGAAGAAUGGAUCAGACGCAGAGCUGCUCAUCUACACCAUGACCCUCAUCAACAAGACUCUGGCUGCGCUUCCUGAUCAGGACUCAUUUUAUGAUGUGACAGACUGUUUGGAGCAGCUAGGAAUGGAAAGCAUAGUCCAGAAACGUAUGACAAGCAGCGGCACCGAGGGUGACAUUAAACAGCAGUUCAUCAUUUAUGAGAAUGCCCUCAAGUAUGAAGAUGGUGAGAUCGAUGAAGGGGCACCGAAUGCCCGUAAAGACCGAAGGAAACUGACACCCAGCGAGCAGGAGGGCAGGAGGAGCCGGCGGUCAUCUUCUCACAAUCUUACAGAUAGUUCCUUUCGACCAGGUUCCCCAACGGUAUCAGUCUCUUCUAACAGCCCUACCCCAGAGGUGAUGCGUACAGCCUCCCCACAGCUGUUAGAUUCCUCUUAUUCUCCUGUUUCUGGCAGUUCUGUGUUGACCAGUCCCUCCUCUACGACCUUUAGCUCACCCACUUCUCCUCUCACUCCGGUGACUAAUGGAGCAGAGUCUGCAGCCUCUCCUGAGCAAGAACACAACUUGGGGCGCUCUUUUAUGAGUCAGUACAUAGCUCACAUGGGGAUUUCUAGACGGAGGUUAAAAAAGGAGAGGUCUAUAACAGAGGAAACCUCAAGCAUCUCCAGCAGAGCAUCUUUCACAGAAACGGACUCUCCUCAGGAGGUCCCUUCCCAGACGGCAGCAGAGCAACCCAGCCGGACGGAGGGAAAGCGAGUCUUCAAACAGCACCAGGCAGACAGUGUUUGUCCAGAGAGUGUGAAUAGAGACUUGCCGGUUCUGAGGAAUUAUGAAGACAAUUUCUUGCGUAGUCUGGCUGCAUCCCAGUGGGAGAAGAAAAGUAAGUCAUACGGCGCACAUGAGAGACCUUCUCUAAGCGAGAGUCCCACAAUGAAGCAGGCAAGAGAUUCCAUUCCCACCACAACCCUCCGAUCUAUUAGUGGUCCGGGGUCUCAAGGGGUAAACUUGACCAGGCACACCCUGGAGCAGCCAGAGGACACAACAGCAGCCCACAAUGAAGCAGAGGGUGGUUUGCAGCGUCAGGGCAGUGCAGCGGAACAGCACAGCACCCUCUCUAAUGACAGGAAGUUCAUGCUGGAUAUGCUCUACUCCAAAAACAACAACUCCUCUGGAGGCAUAAAAAGUCCUAGUCUGGAAAGUGCACUUGAGGACCAUGGGAUCACCAGUAUGGCCGGACGGCUCUCGAGACUGCAGUCUCACACUUCUCAGCCCACAGAGGACACAUCCAGGCGGGCGGAGCUGGAGAGCCUUGAAGGCACUGCUCAGGCCGCUCGUGCCAGGCUAGCGGAGGGACAGAACAAGAAGCUGCAUCCGCAAUACAGUAUUGAAGCUGAGACUCAUUCACAGAGUUUAGAGAAGACAAUGAUGACGCCAUUAUCCAGGGGUAGUCAGGAUGCCUGGGAGAAGCUGCAGCCCAGCUCCAGACCCCUGCGGAUUAAAGAUCUUGACUUCUCCGAUCUGAUGGAUGAGGAGGAUAUCGAUGUGCUGGAUAUAGACACUUUUGACACCGGCUUGCCUAAUGGAGUACCGCCACCUCCGCCUCCAGUGCCAGGACUGGGCUCAGCUCCCCCACCGCCGCCACCCCCUCCUCCUCCUCCUGGACCUGCUAGUCUGGCUCCACCCCCUCCUCUUCCACCUCCUCCUGGAGGUUUGAGUGUGCCUCCUCCUCCUCCAGGACUCCUCCCUCCAUCCCUGUCUCAAGGAAAUGAUCCGGCUUUUCUAAAUAAACGGAAAACAGUCAAGCUGUUCUGGAAGGAGCUUAAGCAGCCCGAUAGCCCCAGGAAGUGCAAGUUUGGGCGGGGCACAGUUUGGGCUUCACUUGAUAAGGUUGCAGUCGAUACAGCUAAGCUGGAGCACCUGUUUGAGUCCAAAGGAAAGGAUCUUCCAGUAGCAAAGAAAGGUGCUGAGACCAAGAAAGCAGCAAUUUUAGUGCUUGAUCCUAAGAGGAGCAAUGCCAUCAACAUCGGCAUGACUGUUUUGCCUGCUAUACAUGUCAUCAAAAGUGCCAUCCUCACCUUUGAUGAGUUUGCCAUCAGUAAAGAGGGCAUUGAGAAAAUCCUGACCAUGACUCCAACAGAUGAAGAGAAACAGAAGAUUCAGGAGGCACAGCUGGCUAACCCUGAUAUACCGCUGGGUACAGCAGAGCAGUUUCUGCUCACUCUCUCCUCCAUCAGUGGCCUUACGGCCAGAUUACAGCUCUGGGCCUUUAAACUGAACUAUGAGACCCUGGAGAAGGAGAUUGCAGAGCCUCUUUUUGACCUGAAACUGGGUAUGGAACAACUUGCCAAGAACAAAACCUUCAAGCGUAUCCUAGCAACACUACUGGCCAUUGGAAACUUCCUCAAUAGCUCCAAUGCUAAGGGCUUUGAGCUCAGUUAUUUGGAGAAGGUUACUGAGGUGAAGGACACAGUACACAGGCAGUCUCUGCUUCAUCAUACCUGCAAUUUUGUGGUGGAAAACUACCCAGAUGCGACAGACCUUUACUCUGAGAUCUCAUCAAUCACUCGCUCUGCUAAAGUGGAUUUUGAGCAGUUGUCUGAAAACCUUAUUCAGUUGGAGAGAAAAUGCAAAGCAUCUUGGGACAACCUUAAAGUAAUGGCCAAACACGAAACUAAACCUAACUCGAAAAACAAAAUGACAGAAUUUCUGAAGGACUGUACUGAAAGGAUCACCAUCCUGAAAGUAGUGCACAGACGCAUUAUUAAUAGGUUUCAUUCUUUCUUGCUGUACUUGGGUCAGCCCUCCUACUCAGUGCGGGACACUAAAGUAACUCAAUUCUGUAAGAUCAUCAGUGAGUUUGCCCUGGAGUACCGCACCACCCAAGAGAGAGUCCUCACCCAGAAACGCAAACGUGCCGUCCACCGGGAGCGCACCAAGACCCGGGGCAAGCUGAUCACAGAGACCGAGAAGUUUUCUGGAGCAGUUCCACAGCUGUCUCUGGAGGAUAGCCCAUCCCUGGUUUCUUCCACAAUAGAAUCAGAGCCAGCCCAAGAGGAGCAUGAGAACAUGAAAAACCUGCUCAUCGCCAACAAUGACAACAGCAAGCUGCGCAGGAGCCGUGCUGUACGAAGUUUAGGCAGGGUUAGUACAAACAUGUCUGUAGCCAAAGAGGACAGCGCCAGCUCACAGGACGAUGCCACAGAUGAGAUCAUGGAUCGUCUGGUUAAGUCUGUCACCCAAAAUCCCACAGAGAGGGCGUCUAGUCCAAAAACACGGAAACGCUCACGGCUUAACAGAAAAUCAUUGCGGAGGACUCUGAAGAGUGGGCUGAGUGUGGAUGUGGUGCAGGCCCUUGGCCUCGGCAGUACUAACGGGAAGGUCUGAAGCUGGUAGUUCUCAUGUGGGGGAAACUGUAGCAAGGCAGCAAUGAGGCCAUAAGGAGAGCUGCAUUAAUGACAGGAAGAUCUGUGAUGAAGGGAUCUUCGCUGACAUUUUGUGGGAUGCCUGCAACUAAAUCUAUCUGCCAAUCUGAACAAUUCAAUCAUGUACUUCCAGCUGAAAUACAAACAGCUGCAUUACUAUACAGAGACCUGAAGUGUGCGCAUGAUGUCCAUUAGACAUAUCAUGAUUUGAUUGGUACAAACUUUAAUGGCAUAGUAUUAAAUAACAGCCCAUGUUUACCGAUGGAGAAUAGCUGCAUAUAAUAUGAUCCAGUGACAUGAAAUGCUAUAUAGUUUGACCAGAUGCACAUAUUAUUUUGUAUAGAGCCUUAGAUUGCAUAGAUUGGAGCACAAUUUAUCAAAGAGAUGUAUCUAAGGGUUUGAAAGGUUUUAAGUUAAUACUGAAUUUUUUAAAAGACAAAACUUUUAUAUUUUAGCCAUAUCUGUUAGAAUGGCUCAGCUCAAAGUUAGGAUCAUGGAAGCCCGUAAUUGAGAUCAGUGCAAUAGGGUAACGCAAACACACUGGUUUCCUGUGCCCAUUAAUGAAGCUGAACCCUGGAAUAAACGGCACUGUCAGUAAUGAUUGACCAUUGAAAACUCUUUAGUCUUGGACAGGGUUUAAUUUGUGUCUGGAAAGCUGACCCAUGUGCACCUGGGUGAUGUUCAACUGGAUAUCCUGACUACCAAGGAGAUCUUGAUUAGAGAAGACAUAAACUAAGUCACAUGUUUGUUUUUCUUUUAUUAAUCACAGAGCUCUCUUGAUAGGUUUGUGGAUGCUACAACACAGCCCUGUAUUCUGCUGUAUCACAUUUCUGUCCUGCUAUUUAUUUUUGUGCUGUUUUUGAUGAGUUCAAGUUUAACCUUUUUAGUUAUACCAUUGUUAUGGUGUUAAAUGUGCAUGGAUGGACCACUCUGUUUCUUGCUGAAGAGAAGUGUUGCGUUAAAGACACAACAUUUCUGUAGCAUUU